AUGACAACCAAACUUACUACACUUUUGGUGGUUGUAUAUUUCUUGGGGUUUGCCAGCUCAUUCGCGGUACCCUCAAUAUUCAUCAGUGGUGCGCGUGCCAAAAACGGACAAGGAGAAUACAAAUCACCAUCAUCAUCAUCAUCAUCAUCACAAUCACUGAAGCCAUUAUUGGCUACUGCGGCCAAAGCCAAUGAAGGCUUCCUCACAGUCUCUCGCUCUUCCUCCAAUUCCUCCGAAUAUCAAUUGUCCUAUCGCGUGGUGAGGCCAAUGUCACUAUCUUCCAAUCAAGCGGCCCCCAUUGUGACCCUUCAUGGUGGACCCUCCGUCCCCUCGAAUUAUUUGUAUCCUUUGGAACAAAUUGUGCCCUACCGAUCGAUUGUCUUUUGGGAUCAAUUGGGCUGCGGAAAAUCGGAUCAACCACAAGACUUGUCCCAGUAUUCGACUGAAGAUUCCGUCCAAGAUUUGAUCCUGCUGUUACAAAAACUGGGAGUGAGACGAUUUCAUUUAUACGGACAAUCGUAUGGAGGCAUUCUGGCCUUUGAAUUUCUGAAAUAUCUGGCCGAAUCAAGUGAGGACUUUGAUUUUCAAUGUCUCUCUUGUAUUUUAUCUUCGGCUCCGACCAAUGUAAAGGAAAUUGAACAAGAAGCGGAUCGAUUGAUCGGUGUAUUGCAACAGGACAAUCCGGAUGCCACACCCUUGGAACUAGGGGAUUUGUUUCGUCUGAAUCACCAGUGUCGGGUUGGACCUGACAUGCCACCCAUAUUAAAAGAAGCCUAUGACAAUGCCGGAACCGUUUGGAGGGGUACGGAUGCGAUUCAAGAUUACGUGGCAACCGCACCUACCUCAGCAGAUGCCUCUCGAAUGCCCUCCACUUUGAUCAUGAGAGGAGAACAUGAUUUCGUCUCUGCGGAAUCCGUGGAAGGUUGGAAAUCCGUCUUUAAUACCAAGUUCCUUCGUUACAAGACGCUCGAAGGUUGUUCUCAUCAUGGAAUGUUGGAAGCGGGGGCUCAAUAUGGGGAGAUUGUCGAUUCGUACUUUGGCGAGUACGACUAA